AUGAAGAGUGUUUUCAUGUUAGGGUUUUUCUUGAUUCUCUGCAUUAGGUUAGUGAACGCAGCGAUUGGUAUUGAUCCUAAUGGGUUUGGGGAUCUAAGAUCUACAAAAGAACCCCCUAUGACCUUCAAAUACGAUCGAAUAGACGAGGUAAAAAAAGAAUGUUCUUCGAUCAUGCCUCCAGAUUCUAACCAAAAACCCAACGGAAAAAGAUUGUACAGAUUUAAAGACAAAAUGUCGUUCAUCAAUGGAGAUUGGUGGCAGGAGUUAGAUAAAGCUCCAUUGAUGCCAUUUGAUGAUCAUCACAAACUAAAUGGGACAGAUGGCUCAUUGGAUCCAAAUUCAUCAUUGAACUUGGUUUCCUUCUGGGUUACUGAUGUAGACCGAGCCCAUCGAUCCAAAAACUCAGUCAACAUCAACGGGAUCUUACAGGUUGCAAUAACAAUUGGGGGAUUGUACGGAGCAAAACCCUACAGUAGCAACCCAGUGUUUAACAUAUACCCUGGGCAUUCGGAAUUAACGAUUCCAUUCCAAGGGAUUGUCUCCAAUUCCGAAGGAAACGAUGGUGAAACUGUAAUGUGUUUACUAGGGAACGCGAUGUUGCCCUAUCGUUACCCCGAUUCCAGUAACCCAUGGGACUGGGUUAAAGAACCGGGGUACAUAAACCAGCCACCACUCAUUCAAGAUGACCGGAUUUUACUGGUUAUUCGUUACCCCAAAGCUUUUACAUUAACAAAAAGAACUAUUCAUGGUAGUUUGAAAAGUUUAAACGCAAAAUCAAGCCAAAAAUACUUUGAUGAAGUAAAAAUCUCAUCUUCUUUAAGUGCUUCUGCAAAUUACGAGUUUAGCUCCGAAAAUCUCGUUUCAAAAGCUUGCACUCCAUACCCUUACAAAGAUAAUUUUACAAAUACCGGGCUUGGUUUGUACAAAGGAGCUGAUUUUUGCCUUAUUCUUGAACGCUUCACGGGUCAAGAUCCAUUAACCGUUGUCCCGAAUUGGAAAUGCAACCAAACGAAUGAAAUUUGCAGCAAAUUGGGCCCGUUUGAGUCGGAUUCCCGUAUAAAAGCAACAAACGGUAGCUUUAAAGGUGUAAGACUUAGUCUUCAAGACGUUCGAUGUGAAGAAACGCCUUCAAAGGGUCAAAAGAGUAAAUUUACCAAGGUUGCAGCUGUUAUUCGGGUUGUUUCUCCUUUUGAGGAUCAUUACAAUGCGGGUCAGCGAACCGGGUUGAAUAAUAUGACUCUUUCGGCUGAAGGGAUUUGGGAAUCAUCAAGCGGACAGCUUUGUAUGGUCGGUUGCCUUGGAAUUGUUGAUAAAGGUGGAAUCGGAAUCGGGUGCGAUUCCCGUAUCUGUUUAUACAUUCCACUCUCGUUUUCCAUUAAACAAAGAAGCAUCAUUCUUGGGACAAUUUCGAGUUUAAAAGAGGGGAAUUCAUCGUUUUUUCCGUUAACGUUUGAGAAACUCGUACGUCCUUCUGAAUUAUACGACCAGUAUACGGAAUCUCAUCCGUAUUAUACGUAUUCCAAGAUCGAUUUAGCAGGAACAAUUCUCGAAAAACAUGAGCCUUUCAGCUUCCAAACCGUGAUUAAAAAGUCAUUUCUAACAUUCCCGAAAGUCGAAGAUGCCGAUUCCUAUCUCGUUGGUUUGUCACUUUUAUCCGAAGAUCUUACACUUCACCACCCUGCAGUCCCCGAUUCCGGGCCUAAUCGUUUCUCAAGAACCGAUGUGCAAUUUGAGAUUCUCUCACUUGGCCCGUUAUUCGGUCAUUACUGGUCUCUACAAAACGAUUCAACUACAGAAGAAGACACACCGUAUCACGCUAAACCGACAUACACCGAACGACAGCUCCUAUUGAAUGUAUCGGGUCAACUUUCGCUCUUCGGAGGGCAAUAUGGGAAUGUUUCGGAUCUUUUGGUCGAAGGGUUGUAUUAUCCAGUUGUGGGGAAAAUGUAUUUAGUUGGGUGUCGAGACGUACGGGCCUCAUGGAAUGUUUUAUACGAGAGUAUGGAUCUUGAAAACGGGUUGGAUUGUUUGAUUGAAGUUGUGAUAUCAUACCCGCCUACUGCGACCCGUUGGAUGGUUAAUCCAACGGCUAGGAUUUCAAUCUCGAGUCAACGAAACGAGUUUGACCCGUUGUUUUUCAAACCGGUCAACCUCCAAACAGUCCCGAUUAUGUAUCGGGCUCAACGGGAAGAUAUUCUUUCUCGAAGAGGUGUCGAAGGGAUUUUACAACUUCUUACACUUUCGGUUGCAAUCGGUUUUAUUUUAACCGAAUUGUUUUACAUCAAAGAGAAUGCGAACGUGGUCCCGUUUGUUUCACUCGUUAUGUUAUCGGUCCAAGCGGUUGGAUAUGGGAUUCCCUUAGUUACGGGGGCCGAAGCGCUUUUUAAAAAAACCGAAUCUUACGAAAAGUCUUCGGUUCUUGAAAAAAGUCAAAUGGUUCGGGUCAUCGAUUACACGGUCAAGAUUCUUGUAUUGGUUUCAUUCUCGCUAACAUUGCGGCUUUACCAGAAAGUUUGGAGGGCCCGGAUCCGGUUACAGACGCGGGCCCCACAUGAACCGGCCCGUGUGCCGUCUGAUCGACGGGUUCUUAUAGUUACCGGGCUGGUUCAUGUGCUCGGGUUUGUAUGUGUGCUUGUGGUUCAUAACCUACAACAAUGGCUUGCUGAACUUGAGGAGUAUGUGGGUUUGGUUCAAGAUUUCUUUUUGCUUCCACAAGUUAUUGGUAACUUAAUUUGGCAAAUUGAUUGCAAACCGUUACGAAAAUCGUAUUUUAUCGGGUUAACUGUGAUUCGACUUCUUCCUCAUGUUUAUGAUUACAUUCGAACCCCGAUCCCGAACCCGUAUUUUUCUGAGGAUUAUGAGUUUGUGAAUCCGCAUCUUGAUUUUUAUUCAAAGUUCGGGGAUAUCGGGAUUCCUGUAAUUGCAAUUCUUCUUGCUGUUUUAGUAUAUGUUCAACAGAAGUUUAGUUAUGAGAGGCUUGUGGAGGUUCUUGAUUUUGGAAAGUUUAGGGUUUUGCCAAGGCGGACGGUGGGGUAUGAGCGGUUGUCGCCGGUGGUGGCGGAGGCUGAGAUGACUUCCUGUGGCAAUGGAGAUGUGGGAACGAGGAAGGAGGUUGAGGUGGAAUGA